AUGAGCUGCUGUGGCUGUUCAGGAGGCUGUGGCUCCAGCUGUGAGGGCUGUGGCUCCAGCUGUGGGGGCUGUGGCUCUAGCUGUGGGGGCUGUGGCUCCAGCUGCUGUGUGCCCGUCUGCUGCUGCAAACCUGUGUGCUGCUGUGUGCCAGCCUGCUCCUGCUCUAGCUGUGGUGGAGGCUGCAAGGGAGGCUGUGGCUCUAGCUGUGGGGGCUGCAAAGGAGGCUGUGGUUCCAGCUGUGGGGGCUGCAAGGGAGGCUGUGGUUCCAGCUGUGGAAGCUGUAAGGGAGGCUGUGGCUCCAGCUGUGGGGGCUGUAAGGGAGGCUGCUGUGGCUCCAGCUGUGGGGGCUGCAAGGGAGGCUGUGGCUCCAGCUGUGGGGGCUGCAAGGGAGGCUGUGGCUCCAGCUGUGGAGGCUGCAAAGGAGGCUGUGGCUCCAGCUGUGGGUGCUGCAAGGGAGGCUGUGGCUCCAGCUGUGGGUGCUGCAAGGGAGGCUGUGGCUCUUGCUGUGGGGGCUGCUGUCAGUCCAGCUGCUGCAAACCUUGCUGCUGCCAGUCCAGCUGCUGCAAGCCUGUCUGCUGUUGUGUGCCUGCUUGCUGCUGCUCCAGCUGUGGUGGAGGCUGUGGGGGUUGUUGCCAGUCCAGCUGCUGUAAGCCCUGCUGCUGCCAGUCCAGCUGCUGCAAGCCCUGCUGCUGCCAGUCCAGUUGCUGCAAGCCCUGCUGCUGCCAGUCCAGCUGCUGCAAGCCCUGCUGCUGCCAGUCCAGCUGCUGUGCUCCCGUUUGCUGCCAGUGUAAGAUCUGAGGCUCACUUCAUUCACUCCCCAUUUGAGGAAAACUUGCUCCUCCUCAGCAAGACCUCUCCUCCACUCCCAUCUCCCAUCCCCAGCUCCUGUCUCAGCAUCCUUGAUGAUGACCCAGGCCCCAGGAUCAUCAGGGAAUCCUGAGCCUCGGAUUUCCUCAUUUUCUUUCUUAGCCAGGAAACAGCAGUCACUGCUGUGACAACUCCCAUCCUCUCAUCCUUCACACACUUCACACACUUACCUACUCUGCCAAGGGAACAUCACCUUGCCAAGAACACCCGGCAAAGGGCUGCCCAGCACACCAUGCAGACCCCCAGCGGAACCUCUGGUAAUCUCCAAGGAUCAUCUGCCCUGCCCCCAGAUGCGAGGCCAACAUGGGGGAUUGCUGAGCUGCCUCCCAAUUGCCUUUAUUCGCGGACUCCCCAACUCACUCCUCCAAAAGGUCUCUUUGCUUAUCUUGGCUACCCUGAGCUGUCCCUGAAAACCUAGAUAAUCAUUUGUUUCAA